AUGACCUCGUUGCAGUCAGCGCCAAACAUGGCGCGACCGAACCAGGUGCCGAUGAACAUGAGCAAGGUCAAGGAGAAGCUGCAAAGAUAUCAGCAUCUGAAGAAUAACAAUGUCGCGCACGACGACCCCGAGUUCUUGGAGCUCCAAAACUUCGUCAGGAAGUUCCAGGAGUUCCAGGAAUUUUCGAAGAACAAGGCCAUGUCUCAGCAACAGAUGAACGGUGCUGGCGCAAACGGUGUCCCCAAUGGCGCUCAUGGCCGCACUGCCUCUGCCUCUUCUGCCGCCGGUGCGCCCCAAAGAGCACCCUCCGCCCCUGGCCAGUCUCAGACCCCAGUUGGAAAGGGACCUAUUGCCGGAAAUGGACGCUUCACGCAGGAGCAGGUCAGCAUCUUCAGAGACCAGGUCACGGCGUUCCGGACCCUGGCUCGAAACCAACCUCUUCCGGCGGAGCUUCUCGAAAAGCUCUUUGCCGACAAAAAGGCAAAGGCUCUUACCCCCACACAGAAUGUCUCUUCAGCAGAGAAAGUUGUCGAUGACGCCAACAAGAAAGCAGCUGGAGAGGCUGUGGACCUUUCUGACAGUACCAUUCCGGGUAAGGAGUGGUACGACAAUGCUAAGCUGCCCGAUUUCCUGCACAAGCCCAUCACCUAUGGGACUCAGCCUUACCGCAUUUCGAAACGAUUCCCGGCCUUCGCCCCUGCCAUCGGCGUGGACAUGCAAAAGAUUCGACAGGACGGCGAAAGAAUCUUGUACAACCGAAUCACCUCUCGGAUAAAUGAGCUGGAGCAGCUCUCGGCCAACGUGGGCGCUUGGGAUACCAGCAAGAGCGAUGUGCCUACUGGCGACGACUCGACGAAGCUCUCCAUUCUUCUGGAGCUCCGCAAGCUGCGCCUGUGGCAAAAGCAACAGCGCCUUCGCCAGCAACUCCGCAACGAGGAGUUAUCAUAUAGCGAUCUUCAGGCGCGACCCAACCACGCGCACCACCGUCGCAUGAAGAGACCUUCCUUGCGGGAGGCACGAAUUACCGAGAAGCUCGAGAAGCAGCAACGAGAUGCUCGUGAGACAAGAGAGAAGAAGAAGCAGUGGGAUCAGUUACAAGCUAUCAUCAACCACGGCGCCGAACUUGCAAACGCCACGAUUCAGAACCGCACUCGCUCACAGAAACUGGGUCGCAUGAUGCUCCAACACCAUCAGCACAUGGAGCGCGAAGAGCAGCGACGCGUGGAGCGCACUGCCAAGCAGCGUCUGCAGGCUCUGAAGGCCAACGACGAGGAGACCUACAUGAAGCUCCUGGGUCAGGCCAAGGAUUCUCGUAUCUCACACUUGCUCAAGCAGACCGACAAGUUCUUGAAGGAGCUUGCUGCAUCCGUCAAGAGGCAACAGCGUAACCAGGCAGAGCGCUAUGGCGAUGAUGAUGACCUUGAAGAGGAUGAUGAAGAGCUCGCUGACAGCGAGGAGGAUGAGGAGGAGCAACAAUCCUCUGGCAAGAAGAAGGUUGACUAUUAUGCCGUUGCCCAUCGCGUGAAAGAGGAGGUCAACGAGCAGCCUACUAUCCUUGUUGGUGGUACUCUGAAGGAAUAUCAGAUGAAGGGUCUGCAGUGGAUGAUUUCGCUUUACAACAACAACCUGAACGGUAUCUUGGCAGAUGAGAUGGGUCUCGGCAAGACGAUCCAGACCAUCAGUUUGAUCACCUACAUCAUCGAAAAGAAGCGGAACAACGGGCCGUUCUUGGUUAUCGUGCCUUUGAGUACGCUGACCAACUGGAACAUUGAAUUCGACAAGUGGGCUCCGACGGUCAGCAAGGUCGUCUACAAGGGCCCUCCCAAUGCACGCAAGCAGCAGCAACAGCAGAUCCGCUGGGGCAACUUCCAGGUUCUUCUGACGACCUACGAGUACAUUAUCAAGGAUCGGCCCAUUCUCAGCAAGGUGAAGUGGACGCACAUGAUUAUCGAUGAAGGUCACCGUAUGAAGAACAGCAACUCCAAGCUGAGCAGCACGCUGUCGCAGUACUACGUCAGCCGUUAUCGUUUGAUUCUGACUGGUACCCCUCUGCAAAACAACCUGCCUGAGUUGUGGGCGCUUCUCAACUUUGUUUUGCCGAACAUCUUCAAGUCCGUGAAAUCCUUCGACGAGUGGUUUAACACUCCGUUCGCCAACACAGGUGGCCAAGACCGUAUGGACCUGAGCGAAGAAGAACAGUUGCUUGUCAUUCGUCGUCUGCAUAAGGUUCUUCGGCCUUUCCUGCUUCGUCGUCUCAAGAAGGACGUCGAAAAGGAUCUGCCCGACAAGCAGGAGCGUGUCAUCAAGUGUCGUUUCUCUGCUCUACAGACCAAGCUUUACAAACAACUUGUCACCCACAACAAGAUGGCUGUCAGUGACGGCAAGGGUGGUAAGACCGGCAUGCGCGGUCUCAGCAACAUGCUAAUGCAGCUGCGCAAGCUUUGCAACCAUCCUUUCGUUUUCGAGCCUGUGGAAGACCAAAUGAACCCCAGUCGCAUGAGCAACGAUCUGCUGUGGCGAACUGCUGGAAAAUUCGAACUGCUUGAUCGGAUUUUGCCCAAGUUCCGUGCUACCGGCCACAGAGUCUUGAUGUUCUUCCAGAUGACACAGAUCAUGAACAUCAUGGAGGAUUUCCUUCGCAUGCGAGGCCUCAAGUACCUUCGUCUGGACGGUUCCACCAAGUCUGAUGAUCGAUCGGACCUUCUGAAGCUCUUCAACGAACCUGGUUCCGACUAUUUCUGCUUCUUGCUUUCCACUCGUGCUGGUGGUCUGGGUCUGAACCUGCAGACUGCUGAUACCGUCAUCAUUUACGAUUCCGACUGGAAUCCUCACCAGGAUCUUCAGGCUCAGGAUCGUGCCCAUCGUAUCGGUCAGAAGAACGAGGUUCGCAUUUUGCGACUGAUCAGCUCCAAUUCGGUUGAAGAGAAGAUUCUGGAACGUGCGCAGUUCAAGCUUGACAUGGACGGCAAGGUUAUCCAGGCCGGAAAGUUCGAUAACAAGUCCACCAACGAAGAGCGAGAUGCGCUGCUGCGGACCCUUUUGGAUACCGCAGAGGCUGCAGAUCAAAUCGGCGAGCAGGAUGAAAUGGACGAUGACGAUCUGAACGAAAUCAUGGCUCGAUCCGAGGAUGAGAUCAUUACGUUCCAAAAUAUCGACAAGGAGCGACAGCUGACCUCGGAAUAUGGCCCUGGUAAACGCUUUCCUCGACUGAUGUGCGAGGAGGAGCUGCCGGAUAUCUACAUGCAGGAAGACAACCCUGUUACUGAGGAAGUCGAGGCCGAGAUUAUGGGUCGUGGAGCUCGUGAACGCAAGGUUGCGCGGUACGACGACGGUCUGUCCGAGAGGCAAUUCUUGGAAGCUCUGGACGACAGCGAUGACGAUGCUCCCACCCUAGACGAGGUCAUUGAGCGAAAUGCACGCCGCGCCGCUGACAAGGCAACCAGAAAAGAGGCCCGAAAGAGCGGCAAGCUGGACAUCGAGGCUUCACCUGAGCUGUCUCUUGACGAGGAGGAGACUCCCCAGCGUAAGAAACGUCGUCGCGUCCCCGCUCCCAAGCGCAAAGCCGAGGAAGUCGUCGAGGAGACCCCUCAACCCAAGCGCAAACGCGGCCGCCAGCCCAAGAUUCCGGACACUCUCAGCGGCGCUGAUCGUGCCAACCUGAACCGCAUCAUGACCAGCGUUGUCCAGUCGCUGAAGGAAAUGGAGCAGGAGAUCCAGGGCGAAUCCUCCGACAGCGAUGAAGGCCCGCUCGUGCGUGCCAUCAUCGAUCCGUUCAUGAAGCCGCCCCCGCGCUCGCAGUAUCCCGACUACUACAUGAUCAUCAAGAACCCCAUCGCGAUCGAUACCAUCGAGAAGAAGAUCAAGCGUGAUGAUUACCAGAGCCUGAAAGAAUUCCGGGACGACAUCCACCUGCUCUGCCAGAAUGCCAGAACUUACAACGAGGACGGCAGUCUCUUGUACCAGGACGCCAACGAUAUCGAGGCCAAGUGUGUUUCCGAGUUGAAGAGGCUGACCGAGGACCACCCGGAGUUCGCCAACUUUGACGAACCUGGUUCUGUCAUGGGCGACGGCCAGUCGACCGGCGCUGACACGCCUAUGACUGCCGGUACCCCAGGACAGCCGAAGCUGAAGCUCAAGUUUAACAACAACAAUUUUGAUGCCCUGUCCAUGAACGGAACCGACUUCGGUGACGAGGAUUAA